AUGGGCGACACACAUCAUGAUCUGGUUCCGGCAGAGCCGUCGCGGGACUUUCACUUCAAGUUCGCAGUGCUGAAGGGAUACUUCAUGCAAUCCGAAGACUCCACCGAUGAUGUGACUUUUGACUUCAAGAAAAGCAACUUCGGUCUGAUCAACAGAACCUACGACACCGACGUUGCCAGCGCAGAGAAAGAGCAAUGGAAGCGUUUCGAGGCCCACAUACGCACGUUAGUCUCGCAAGAUCCAUCCAUCAAAGUAAUUUGGCUCGGCCGCCACGGCCAAGGAUGGCACAACGUCGCUGAAACAAAAUACGGCACAAAAGCAUGGGACUGCUACUACUCCGCCCUUGAUGGCCACGACGGCAUCACCUGGGCCGAUGCCAACCUCACCACUGCCGGCCAGCAACAGGCCCUCGACGUAAACGCCCUCUGGAAACAACAAUUGCCUCACGGCAUCCCCGUGCCAGAAACAUUCUACGUCUCCCCGCUAACGCGCACCAUCGAGACCGCUGAUCUAUCCUUCAACGGCCUGGAGCUGGGGUAUAAGCCCUUCAUCAAAGAACUAUGCAGAGAAGCACUCGGCAUACAUACGUGUGACCGGCGCUCGACGAAAUCUCACAUCGCGAAGACGUUCCCUCAUGUGACGUUUGAGCAGGGGUUCAGUGAGCCGGAUCCGCUGUGGGAGAAGGACUAUCGCGAGCCGCCGGCUGCGAGGAGGUAUCGGUUGGCGCGCUUCUUGGACGAUGUAUGGAAGAGCGAUGACGGUGUGUUUUUUAGCUUGACGAGCCAUUCGGGCGCGAUUGCGAGUAUACUGGAAGUCAUAGGGCAUCGUAAGUUUGCGCUUGAGACGGGAGGGGUUAUUCCGGUUGUUGUGAGGGCAGAGAAGGUGGAUGGUGCCAGAGAAAUUCCGCCCAAGGAGCCGAGUGAUUCUCCACCCAUGUGCGAUAGGCCACCGGAGAUGGUUGGAGCUGUCUGA